AUGACACUUUCGACUAGUCACAAAAUCGUCAUAAUCACAGGCGCCAACAAGGGCCUGGGAUUCGAAGCGGUCAAGAGAUUUCUUGCCUCGGACAACAAGUAUCACAUAUUCCUCGGGAGCCGCGACUUGGCAAAGGGCCAAAAGGCAGUGCAAAAGGCACUGGGCGAGGUGCCAUCGGACAAGAGCACAGUCGAGGCUCUGCAGUAUGAUGUGGAGAGCGACGAGUCCAUACAAGAGGCGUACGAGACGGUGCGGAGCAGGGUUGACAGGGUCGAUGUGCUCAUCAACAAUGCGGGCGUCAUGCUCGAUCAGCAGAUUGAACGCGGCAACAUGUCGACGCGCGAGGCCUUCAACCGGUCGUGGGACGUCAACGUCGCCGGCGCACACAUCACCACCAGCACCUUCCUCCCGCUGCUGCUCAAAUCGCCCGACCCCAGGGUGGUGUUCAACACGAGCGGGGUGUCCUCGCUGGCGCACGCCGCGGACCCUUGCCACUUUACCUACCGGGCCCCUCCCGCGGGCGUGCCCAAGCCGGCCGGCACGGUUUCGUACCGCGCGUCCAAGGCCGGUCUCAACAUGGUGAUGCUCGAGUGGGCGCGGAUGCUCAGGGACGACGGCGUCAAGGUCUGGGCGGUGGCUCCGGGGUUUUUCGCCACCGACAUUGGCGAGGGCGACCCCGGAGCCAUGAGGAAGAUGGGUGCGGGCGAUCCGGCCGUCGGCGGCGAGGCGUUGGUCGAUGUGGUGGAGGGCCGGAGGGAUGGCGACGUCGGCAGGGUCUGCAACAUGGCGCCGUACGGCGUGAAGGUGCAGGCUUGGUGA